AUGGCUGAUCAUGAAUCGAGAUUCGAGCAUCUGGCCAGACAAGUUGAAAGGAUUGCUCGAAUCGUCGAUUAUGAUGAAGGUGAGAGGCAUAAUGCUCGAGGGAAUAAUGAGGGGAUGGAAAAUAUUUUCCAAAAUGAAAAUCAUAUUCCAAAUCGAGAAAAUCAUCACCUGGUUCAUCGAAAUGAAAAUGCUGAUAACGUUUUACAUGGAUUACGUGGUGAUCGUUAUCAGGUCACUCGAAUUGUAGAGGAGGUUUUAAAUCGGGUUGGAUUGAAUGUUGGCUUUAUGAAUCAGCCACAUUUUGUGUCUGCUUUUUCUCAAGUAGUUCAAAUGGCUGAAGUGCCAAGAGGGGUAAAAAUUCUAAAAAUAACCACAAAGUUUGCUGGGGAAGUUGAUGGAUCGACAACUAAACAUGUUGCUCGUUAUUUGGUCGAGAUUGGGAACCUAGCCAAUGAUGAAAAUUUGAAAAAAAAAAUUUUUCCUUCGUCAUUGAUGAAGAAUGCAUUUACAUGGUUCUCGAAUCUUAGACCAAAUUCAAUUACAACAUGGAAUCAGUUAGAAAAUGCUUUUCAUGCUCAGUUUUAUCGAGGGAAAAUGAACGUAGCAGUUACCGAUUUAGUAGAUUUGAAACGUGAAGAUGGUGAAACUAUUGAUGAUUAUUUAAUACGUUUCAAAAAUGCUAGAAGUAGGUGCUAUAUGACAUUACCUGAAAUGAGAUAG